CCCUCUGGGCUGCAACCCUGAAGGACAGCUUAAGGCAAGCGCAGGACGUGCUUCUUUAAAGCGCCGUUGGGAAGCGAGGGUGUCCAAGAUCCAGCCCCUUUUCCCUGGAAGCUCCCCAGAGGAAAUCUGGAGCCAGACGGGCAAGCAUGACUCCAGUCUGGAAGAUUUGGUUCAUCGCUGUGGUUGGAGCUGUGAAUCUUUCUGCCCAUGAUAACUGUCUAUUUGAGAUAAACAUGAUUCCCAUCUGGAGGCUUUGGUUCAUCUCUAUUGCUGGAGCUGUGAGUUUUGCUGCCCAAGAGAAGUGUCUGCUUGAGGCUGCUUCUCGUUUUUGGAACUGUCAUUCAAAGGCUUUCAGUAUGGUUCCACCUGAUCUAACAGGCAAUGUCUUGAGAUUAGAUCUGUCCUUCAACAGGAUUGAACAAGUGAGAGAAGCAGACCUGAAGUCUGCAGUCAACCUCCGUAUGCUUUUGCUCCAGUCUAACCUAAUCCAAACAAUAGAGGAGGAUGCUUUUCACACUCUUACCAGGCUGGAGCAUUUGGAUUUAUCAAGAAACAAGCUGACUCACUUGUCAUCCUCUUGGUUUGGAUCUCUUUCUUCCUUACUGACUUUGAACAUCAAAGGGAACUGCUACUCCGAGCUUGGAGAAAACCCCCUGUUUUCUGGCCUAAAAAGUUUGAGAUCUCUCUACUUGGGAAAUGAUGAUCACUUCUCGGCUUUGCGGACACACGACUUAGAAGGGAUUUCUGUUCUGGAAGAGCUGGAGCUAGUAGGGCCAAAGCUAAAACAAUAUGAACCAAGAAGUCUUCCAUCAACUGUGCUCAUAAACAACCUUAUUUUAAAUGACCCUUCCAGAAUCACUUUGCUAAUGCUUAUGCGUGAUGUUAGAGACAAUGUGAUAUCUCUUGAACUGAGGAAUAUUCAAAAUGUAGGGCAGCUGCACCAUCUUUCACUUGAUGACAUUCCUGCCCAGAAAUUAGUGUUCAGAAAUAUUACAGUAUCUGAUCAUGAUGUUGUUCUUUUUAUAAGAUUUCUUGCCACUGUGAGUCGACUACAUCACUUAGAGGUUUUAGACAGCCACUUACAGGGUCAUGGCAUUUUUAGUGGCAUACAAGAUAUUUCAAAUACCUUAGAUGUAAUAGUGAUAAGAAAUGUAUUAAUCAAAGAGUUUUAUAUGUUUUCUGAUAUGUCUAGUGUACUGCAUUUCUUGGAGAAUGUUACUAGUCUUACGAUUGAAAAUGUUAAAGUUUACAUGGUGAACUGCAUUUUGGGAAGACAUUGCCGUUCAAUGCAGUAUCUUGAUCUCACCAACAAUUUGCUGUUAGAUACAACAUUAAUAAAUUCAUUCUGCCAGGAUGCCUGGCCUAAACUGCAAACAUUAAAUGUGAGCCAGAAUGCUCUGAAACAGAUUGAGAUUGUAUCACGAAGCACAGCUUCUAUCAUAAAUCUUUCUAACUUAGAUAUAAGUAGAAAUACCUAUGAAGCAAUGCCAGACUUUUGUGAGUGGCCCAAAAAAUUGAAAUAUUUAAACAUUUCCAGCUCUAAAGUAAGCAAAGUCACAAAUUGUAUCCCUCAAAGCCUGGAGGUGCUGGACGUUAGCAAUAAUAAUCUCCAAGACUUCAGACUGAGCCUUCCUCAUCUCCAAGAGCUUUACAUCCAAAACAACAAAUUGACAGCCCUUCCACCUCCUGCCUUUUCUCCUAGCAUUAGAGUCAUGAAUAUUAGAGGAAACAAAAUAUUUGGAUUCUCUGAGCAGGAACUGGAAACCUUUGCAAACUUGGAGAUGUUAGAUGCACGUUACAACAGUUUUCAAUGUACAUGUGAAUUUCUUUCUUUCAUGCAGUCUCAAUCAGAAAUACCUCAUAUCUUUAUAGAUUGGCCAAAUAACUACAUUUGUGAUGCUCCUGAAUAUGUAAGAGGGAAAGAAGUAGGAAUUGCUCAUCUAUACCUCAUAGAUUGUCAUUCAACUUCAGUAGUUUCUUUAAUAUGCAUCUUGUUACUUCUGAUCAUUCUGAUGGUAGCAAUUCUUUGCUACAAGCUUCAUGCCAUCUGGUAUAUGAACAUGAUCUGGGCCUGGCUUCAAGCAAAACGCAAGCCCAGAAGGGCCCGUGUUAGAAAAAUUGACUAUGAUGCCUUUGUUUCCUACAGCGUGCAGAAUUCUGAGUGGGUAGAGAAUGUCAUGGUGAGGGAGUUGGAGCAAGCCCAUCCGCCAUUCAAACUCUGUCUCCAUAAAAGGGAUUUUCUGCCUGGCAAAUGGAUUGUGGACAACAUUAUUGACUCCAUUGAGAGGAGUUCUAAAACUCUGUUUGUGUUGUCACAGCACUUUGUCCAGAGCGAGUGGUGCAAAUACGAACUUGAUUUCUCUCACUUUCGCCUCUUUGACGAAAAUAACGACUCUGCGAUUUUGAUCCUGUUGGAGCCCAUUCCAGCAGAAACGGUUCCCAGAAGGUUUUGCAAACUGAGGAAACUGAUGAAUACCAAAACCUACCUUGAAUGGCCAAGCGAUGAAGAUCAGAAGUCAAUCUUUUGGUUUAAUUUAAAAACUGCCAUAAAAUCCUAGAUGAGGAUAUGGAAAAUAUGCAUGUCAGUCUGGACCGAUCCAGUUUUGAAGAGUCCUGGUCUACCAAGACAUGAGGAUCCUACAUCUGUGUGUUGUUCUGUGUGUUGUUCUUCUCACAUCCUGGGACCCAUCAAAGUUUCGAAGAUGUCCUUCCUUACUGUGGGAGUCAUGUUUCAACUUAUGGAAAAGCACGUAUUUUCAGACUGGAGAAGGGAGGAAUGAGGAUACACUAUGAAAUGGAGUUCAGCCUUUUCCUUCCUUCAGGCAUCUAGAGCAGCCCGAUCUUCUUAGUUUGAAUUGUGUCCUCCCUCCAUCCUCUCCUGACUGGCAAGAGACAACAGUAGGGGUUUGCCUUGGACCUGACAAUGCCCAGGUGGUUUUUGGACACAUCACAAGAACAGAAGGAAAGUCCUCUGUGCUCCAUCCAAAAAAGGAUUGAUACAGAUGUAAACUACACUUAUCUGUACUUAAGUCUUUAAAAGGAUACUGGACAAUACACACUUCUUUGAAAAGAUCAAGAGUGAGCGUUUUCUCUUUCUGAGUUGUAGCUAUUCACACAUGAAUCUCUCUCUAAAUAUCCAGCUUUCCCUCCUUUUAAAAACCUUCAAUUACACAAACCAACAAAAUCGAACAUUUUGUAAUCAUCAGAAAUGUGAGUAACACAGUUUAAAUCAAUUUUAUGCUUAUUUUAAAUACAGUAGAGUCUCACUUAUCCAACAUAAACGGGCCGGCAGAACGUUGGAUAAGCAAAUAUGUUGGAUAAUAAGGAGAGAUUAAGAAAAAGCCUAUUAAACAUCAAAAAUAGGUUAUGAUUUUACAAAUUAAGCACCAAAAUAUCAUGUUUUACAACAAAUUUGACAGAAAAAGUAGUUCAUUACACAUUAAUACUAUGUAGUUAUUACUGCAUUUAUGAAUUUAUCACCAAAAUAUCACAAUGCAUUGAAAACAUUGACUACAAAAAUGCAUUGGAUAAUCCAGAAUGUUGGAUAAGUGAGACUCUACUGUAUGUAUUUUUUCCAUCAGGUCAACUUUUUAAAAUAUGAUGAAUGUUCCAUUAUAGUGCACUAUUGUCAAGUCUGCACAUUUCACAUCAUAUUCAUGUAACACAAGCCAACAAGUAUUUUUUUAUAUUUGUAUUUAUUUAGUCUAUUGAGUCACUGCAUACAAUUGUAAUACAGAGUAAUUAUUAAUGUAACAUGAUAUAAUGUGACUGUGAGCAACUGUGGACCUAGGGCCACAUAAAGCCUUCAGCCAGAUCUUAUGGGGCCUUUGGGACAUCAAUAAAGAUCUCUUUAACAGACUCUUUCCCUUCUCCCAGAGCCUAGAAGAGAAAGAAUAAACUGACACCUUGGUUCACUAUGGCCACAUCUCCUACUGACUUCAGCCCAGCUAUCACUGACAUGUGAUCCCCAAGAUAUUACCCUUAUAGGAAUACAGUCCCUGGGCACAAAAAUGUCCUCCUUGGCAUAAUAAUUUUUUAAAAGAUUGUUGCCGUUGUUAAGCUAAAACAUUUGUAAUCAAACUAGAUAGCAGGCUGGAUUCAAAUUAAAUCCAGAUUAACAGAAUUGUCUUUGUGAAAUUAAAUGCAGGUAUACUUCAAUUAACAAAGCCUCUGACAAAGAAGCUCUUUUUCAUUAAGUCUUUUUAUGCCUGCCCAGUCGCCCUUUUCCUCCAUUGCCUUAAUCUGUUUGAAAAUUGUUUCCUAGCAUCAUUCAGGUCGAAUGAGAAAAGAGUGCUUGAGGUCCACAUUCUUUUGGUGCUUCAGAGAGCAAUGCAGUAGAGCUUGAGGUGUAACACUAUAGGAUUCUUCUCUAGCCAGUCUUCUUGUGGCUUUGUACACCUGCCUACAAUGCCUACAGCCUACAGAUAUCAGUACCUAUAUAAUUCCUUACUGAGCACACUGUUUUGCCCCAGAAACAGCCUUACAACAAGGAUUAAACUAAAGAAAGCUUUACUUUAGCAAAAUGAUAAUGUAACAAACAUCAGCAAGGGAACAGAAGGUAAAUCCCAAAAGCAAAGCAAAAAGUCUUACAUCAGACAUGAGAUAAGAGUCUUUGACAAAAAGUAUUUCCGAGGCACUUUGCAGAUGCUGGGGUUGUAAGCAAGGAAACCGGAGCACAGAAGAAUGAAGUGGAAUUGUUGCUGCCAGCACUGACCACUUGUUUACUGCUGAUUUAUAGCCCCCAGCUCCGGGCACAGGUAUUCCUAGGGCAAAGUUUGAUUGCUCAGCAUCCUUGCAGCAAUUCUAGCUGACCUUCUCCUUUCUUCUUUCGCCCUUCGGCAUUCCUGAAAUUUAGGAACCAUCAGUAUGUUUUCUUUGCCCUCUUCUUCUUUCUCAACAUUUGGCUCCAAAUCCCCAACUCCUACAUCUUCAGCCUUCUGUUCUACCUCCUCCUCCUCAGAAGAGGAGCAUACAACACCCACAUGAAGAGCAAUGCAGAGAGGAAUGAGCAAAACAAAUACGUCUGCUUCAAUAGGUGUCCCCAGUAGGUUAAAAAUCUUAAAGUUCUAUAGAUUUUGCCACCAAAAUGGAAAUAAUAAAAAAUGAGACUGGUGAAAGAAAGAAAAAAGAGAAUGAUUCCAAAAUGCAUUUUUAAGAGGCUUUCAAGUUGUGUGUAGAAGUUUGAAAUGUCUUUUUUACUUAUGUGAGAAUUACUUCACCUGAUUUCCCCCCUUUUAUAUCUGCAUAGUGUUAACUUUGAAUAAAAAGUUUGCUGAAA